ACUUCUAAGUGUAGGCACUGCUCUGAUUUUUUUAAAAUAUCAGUAUUUUCUUAGAAUUAAUAAACUUCAGAUUGCUAUUGCUCCAACAUCUGAAGGUUUAAUUCUUAAGUAGGGUUAGCACUUUAGGACGCUAGUAUUUGUUUAUAAUUUCCAGCUUCCUGUACAUUACAGUACAUUAAGAAGCAGUCCUGGAAGCAAAUAGUAAUAAUUAUCAGAGACAGUCCUUCAUCAUGUACUCCCUAUAAUAGUAACUUUACUAAAACUGCCCUACCUCCUACACAUCCCUACACAAAGCGGCUUUCAGCCACCAUCCCCUCCCUCUCGCCCUCUUCUCCACCUACAGGUAAAGUGGAAGGCAAUGGUUGGUCAGAUAUGCUGCCUUUCGAAGAUUCUGACCAAUUAGACACGAAUUAACGGCGGCCGGGCGCCCAAUGGGCGCAUGGCUGGGCACCUCUUGCGCGCCACAGGCAGGGUAGGGGAACCUGCGGUGGGUAUUUAGGAAGAGGACGGUGGAGUUGGGGGUUAGGUGGUGGGUUGCAGGUGCGGUGGUGAUCUGGAGUUCCUAGUCAGGCAGGAGCCCGAGUCUUAUGCUCCCCGCCCACUUCGCCGCUGCUCCUCCUCCUCCUCGUCUGUAGUAUUCGCCGCCUCGUCCAUGGACGAUGUAAGCCGCGAGUGGUUAAGCUGCCGAGGCGGGCAGUCAUGGCCACAUCCCGGCGAUAAACGCGCCGCUGAACCCGCUGGAAACUGCUUCUCUCGGCCUCGUCCUGUCCCCUCUUCCAGAGGGCGUGUUCGCGCGUGAGACAGUCAGAGAAAAGCCUUCCUUGUUUAUUUCGCCUUCGGAGUGCCGCCAUGUCCAGCUCCUCCUCGCAGACCCCUCCUCACCACCAGACCCCGCAGAGGAUGCGCCGUGGCGCCGCCGGGUCCCCAACCAGCGGUAACGCCGGGGUUUCGGUUGGUAGUAAUGGGUCUGGCGGCGGAGGAAACGGCGUUGGAGGCGCCUCCAGUGGUGGCGCUGUGACUAGCCGGCUGCUCCAGCCGAUCCGCGCCACCGUCCCUUUUCAGCUCCUGAGGGGCAAUCAGCACAGCCCCACUCGCUUGCCGACCUCCUCAGCCUCCGUGGGGAGCAAUACCGGCCCUGGAGGGCCGCGCGGCGCAGGGGGAGGAGGAGGGAACGGCGGCAGUCCGCCUCCACCAAACUCUACUUCGCCGUUGGCUCUGGCGGCUGCUCCUGCUACCGUCGUCGUCGUUGCCCCGCCGGGAGCAGGCGGGGUGGUAGAACCGAGCAGGGUGAAGGUAAGGCAGAAGCGCUCGCCUGACAGCAGCGGCACCGCUACCACCACCAUCAACAGCGGCAGGCGGAGGAGCAGCUCACCUGAGAGAAGGAGCCCCAGUUCGCCCAUAUAUAGAGUGGACAAGCCAAAAGCCCAGCAAAUUAGAACAUCUAAUACUAUAAGGCGAACCUCUUCAUUGGAUACAAUAACAGGACCUUACCUCACAGGACAGUGGCCACGAGAUCCUCAUAUACAUUAUCCUUCAUGCAUGAAGGACAAAUCUACUCAGACACCUAGCUGUUGGGCAGAAGAGAUAUUAGAAAAGAGAUCACAUCAGCGUUCAGCUUCAUGGGGCAGCGCUGAUCAACUAAAAGAAAUUGCCAAACUGAGGCAGCAGCUCCAGCGCAGUAAACAGAGUAGUCGUCAUAAUAAAGAAAAGGAACAUCAGUCACCUCUCCAUGGCAACCAUAUAGCAAUCAGUCAGACUCAGGUAAUCACACUGUUGGAUUGUUCAGGCAGAAUUUUUACACCAUAAAAUUAGAAGUAAUGUAUUUUUAAGUUCUGAAGUCCUGUCUGCCAAUUAAAAUAGUUUAUUUUUGUGCAGUACAAUCAAGCAACAAACAGAACUAGGAAGAAAUAUUAAGAAAUCUCUAGAAGCAAUUAAAUUUGUAACUGAUGUAUGAGUAAAGUUUUGAGAUAGUUAGAAAUGAGCUUUAGGCCGACAUACACCCUCUAUCUGAAUCCAUUCUAAAUUACUUACUAAUUCUACUAGUUCUUUUAUAUCCAUUGUCAAAGAUACUUUCUGCUUAUUUUCCUGUAGAAUUGUGUUCUUCAGUGCCUUUGUCAUUUCUUUAUUAGUCUAACACUUGUUUUAUUUAUUUAAAAGACUUGUAUAGCUACCUAUCUCAAAAAUAACUGGGCAGCUCACAACAGAUGAAAAAGUUUUAAAAGAUCCUUUUUUAUGUGGAAAAUAUAACUUUUAUUGGAUUUUUGUUUCAAAUAAUAUGUUCAGUCACAGCAAUAAUUUGAGUUUUCAAGCUACUUAUUCAUAGUUAUCUACAAUUAUAUUCUGAUUUGAUGAUGGUAUAACUAUUUAGAAGUGCGUUAUGACUGAUUAUUAAAUUGAUUAGUUUUCAUUUGCCUUCCCCACUUCGAUUUAUAUAUAUUAGCAUAGCAGAUCACACUGAAGAAGUGUUAUAGUUGUUGAAAUUUCAUGAAUUAUUUUCCAUUUUACUGCAGAGAUAUAACUGAAUUUUACUCUGUAGUUAGUAAUUUGUAUCAAGAAUUUUGAUAUUUUUUUCUCAGAAAAGCAUUAAAUCAACAUUAAUUAUGGAGUAAUACAUAUUGGCCAUAAUCAUGUGGAGACAUAGGUGUUUUCAAGGAGGUGCUUUUUCAUGGUAUACCAAACUUAGGGCUUAGAAAGAUAAAAGAUGAUGAUAAUUAGACACUCGUGCACAAAUUAUAGUACUACAUAUUGGAAAGCUGCAAACAUAAAAAACAUUAUUUUCAAUGCACUUUUGAAGAAAAUAUUUUAUAAGUUAAGCUUGAUAACUUAGAUAUAGAUAUUUGUUAUAGUAAAGAACUGAAUAACUAUAUAAAUUUCUCUCCAUAUUUCAGUUUGAUUUCAAAUGUAGAAUGCCAGAUUUCAGAAACCUAUGCUAAUAUGAUUGUUCAAAAUAUUUAUUUACAGUUUAUAUCUUAUGAAAGGAGCCAUCUGAUAUGUUUAAUAAUUUUAUAAACUGUUCUAUAGUGAUGUUUUGAAUUAUACCCACUGUCUUGCUCAAUUGGCCUUUCAUAAACGUACAUAAUAUCAGAUGCACCAAAAAGUUCAGAGUUUGUCAUUAAAAUAUUUUUAAUUAAAAACAGUGAUAUGAGUUGUGUUUCAUCAUAUUCUGUUUUCCUUUCUUUAUAUUUCAAAAUGAUUUAUAUAUAUUAAUCUAUAAAUGCCUAAAUGUGCUUUUAUGAAAAAAAUAGAUAUGAUGUUGCAUUACUCUAACCUAGAAUUCCUUUUUCAAAUUUGUGGAAAUUUUAAUUGAAAUAUAUUUAGGUUAUGGGGAUUUAGAAUCAUAUUUUGAAUUUCAAAAUCUGUGGAUAGAAUAAUUUGAAGUUUUAUGUACAAUUGUUUAAAGAAAGAAUUUGGUUUAAAGUGUAUUUUUAAAUAAAAUUUUAUUAAAUUUCAAAAACAAAUAAAAAUAGUUUUUUUUUUAAAAAAAAGAUAGCAAGAUAAAAGUGCAAUAAGAAAAAGGAAAUAAAAAAAGAAUGGCUUCUGACUUUAUAUUAUGGUACCCUUUAAAAUAAUCAUCAGCACUUUGUAUUGGGGCCCAGAAGCUUAUUAGCAUUGGUGCAGCAAUUUAAGAUGCAAUCCUGCAAUAGUAGAUUUCCCUGACUAACAGUUUAGCCACUGUAUUCUGACUCAGUUGUGGCUUCUGAAUCAUCUUUAGAGACAAUCCCAUAUAGAAUACAUAACAUUUAUUUAUUUAUUAAACAUAGCUAUAUUUUCAUAUUUUUGAAUUGUCCAUCUCCUUCAGGAAAGGACUGUGGCAUUAUAUAAUAAAAUGCUAAAAUAUAAAAACAGCAUAUAAAAAUUAAAAAAUUAGAAAAUUUAGAAUUUAAAAGGAGGCAAGGUUGAUUAAAUCUGUUAGAAAUUAGUUAAAAAAUUAAGCACUUUCAGGGCACCAAUCAGCCCCAUGGCUGCGUGCUCCUCUGAGCUCCCCGUAUAAGGCUGCAGAGCCACAUUUUAACUCCUUUGCAAGAGGUUGGGAGAGUGGAAGCCUAUCUCACCUCAAAGGGAAAGAUAUUCCACAGGCAGGAGCAAUAAUAGAGAAGGCUCUCUUCCUAGAUCCUGCCAGAUGGAAUUCUUUAACUUACCGGAUCUACAACAUGCUUUCCCUACUGACCCAGUGAAAGAGAUUGAUUUAAUGGAACAAAGAUGGUUCUAUAAGUAAUCUGGCCCCAUGGGAUGUAGGGCUUUGAAAUCCACUCAGAAGUAAACUGGCCCCAAUGCAAUUCACGGAGCACAGAUAUUAUAUAUGCCCUCUUUGCUCACACGGUCACAUUCUGCACCAGCUAAAGUUUCUGGAUUCUUUUCAAGGGUAGCUUCAUGAACAGUGCAUUGCAGUAAUCCAGUCAGGAGAUGACCAGGUCAUUAGUGACCAAAUGGAGAGCCUCCGUAUCAAGGAAAGUGUAACUGGCACAUAACAUGAAUUGUUGGUGUUUCUAUCCCAUUGAAAUCAAAAGAUUCUUGGUAGUUUACAAGUACAAUUUGAAACAUCCUUGGUAAAAGCAAUUCUUCAACUGUCUGAUAAUCAGGGCAAGGAAUUUAAAAAUUACAUUUGAAAAUUAUGUAAGUGAACUUACAAAGAUAAAGCAUCAGGCUGGUUUAAUAAUUGUAGAUCACUGAGUUGCAUUUUGCUGUUCAGUAUUAGAAACUCUUUAAAUAAACUGUCUCCUUUUUCUCCUAAUGAAUAACAAUCUAUAGGUUUAGUGAUAUAGCUGAGCCCGUGGAAUCAAUCAAUUGUAUGUUUGUUGAAAUAUUAUUAUAUCCCAUUACUAUCACUUCCAAUAUUAUUGCUGUUAUUUGUUUGUUUAAUAUUAUUAAGGUUAUUUUAUCCUAACUUAUUUUAUAUAAUACUUCAUUAUGGUGGAGAACAUAUCUAAUUGUCCUGCUUCCUAUUUUCUGAUAAUAACAAUCCUAGGAGAUAGUUGGUAGGCGAUUAUAUCUUCAGUGUAUAUAUGGGAUUUAUAUAGUGAUUUUUUUUGUUACUAUCCGUCCCAUAUCAUAUGAUAUCCUUUUUUCUGAUACCAUAGAUCAAUGUUUCUCAAUCUUGACAACUUUUAAGAUGUGAACUUCAGUUUCCAGAAUACCUCAGCUAGAAUAAAUUUCAGAAUUCCCCAGCUAGUAUAUCUUAACGUUGUUAAGGUUGAAAAAAUACCAUAAGCUAUUUACCGUAUUUUCCGGCGUAUAAGACGACUUUCUAGGCCACAAAAACCUUCUUAAAAGUUGGGGGUCGUCUUAUA